AAACACAAGGAGGGGUGGGAAGAGUGAGUGACCCAUCCCACAAGCAGAAAGCUUGACAUUUUGGUAAUGAAGAAAAAAGAAGGAAAAAACAUAAAAAAACACUAACUUGCAGUCCCCUCCUCCCCCUGCCUCUGAUAUUACACGUGCUGCUAACCUAACUUCGAAAUCAUCAUUUCAUCAGCAAAACCAAGUCCAGCAGUUUCGGUGGUUCCCACACCUGCAAACUCAACUCUCAAUGAUCAAUCACUGCCGCCCAUUCACAAACGCUCCUUCCCAUUUCACCCUCCUCUUCCUUCCGUAUUCAUCCGACUUGCCAUUGAAAGCAAAAAAGUUUCCAUGGCCAGGGGCGGGCCCUUCACUUUAAGUCAUGCAAGCGCAAGCACAAACCCCAAGAUUCUCAGACAUAUAAAUAGAAUUCUUCGCCGCGCUGUCCUUUUCUAUCCCUUCCUUUUUGUUUUGUCCUUUUUUUUUACUCUGCUAUCACUCACACUCACUCGUUUCUUCACUUGGUUGUUCCGCUUCUCCAAGUUUGUUCAUUUCAGGCUAUAUAAUCUAUCAGGAGUCUGAUUAUUUUUAAGACCCAGAUGCUGUUUUCAGAGCCUUGUUAACUGAUAACAAUGAGAAAAAGGCAGUUAUAUCAAUCCAAGCAUCCAUUUAAUACAUAUCCUUUUGAGGUCCUCUUCUGCGGUUCAUGGCAAGCUGUGGAACUCAUAAGAAUUAAGAAUGGGGUCAUGACUAUGCAUCUGAUAGAUGAUCAAUAUCUGAUUGAGAAACAACCAUUCUCUGAUUUUCGUGUUAAGUCUAGGCAGGCAACUUUAUCUGACUGCACCUGCUUUUUGAGGCCUGGUAUUGACGUAUGCAUUCUUUCAGCCUCUCCGCUGACAGGGAUUAAUGAAGAGAAUCCAGAGCCUGUUUGGGUUGAUGCUAAAAUAAGUUCGAUCGAGAGGAAGCCCCACAACUCUCAAUGCUCCUGCCAGUUUUAUGUUAACUUGUAUGUUAAUCAAGGUCCUCUUGGUUCUGAGAAAGUAAUUUUGAGCAAAGAGACUGAAGUAGUAGGAAUCGAUCAGAUUUCUGUCCUCCAAAGGCUUGAAAAGCAUGCAUGUGAUGAUCAGCACUAUGGAUGGAAUUUCUCUGAGGACUGCUCUGAAUUGAGACGAACUAAGAUAUUUUUGGGGAAAUUCUUAUCUGAUAUAUCAUGGUUGCUUGUUACAUCUGUUUUGAAGCGAAUUGCAUUUGAUGUGAGAUCUGUGCAGAACAAGAUUGUCUAUCAAAUUCUGGGAGAAGAUGAUAGCAGUCCCUUAAAUUCUCAUAAUUAUCUCCAUGCUGUAAAUUUCAAGGUAGACAAUGGUAUUUCCGUAUCCGAUGUGGUCCGACUUGACCCCCACCAAAAUAAUGAAGCUGGUGCUGCUUGUAGUGCACAUGAGAUCAGACAAUGGCCAGUUUAUGAUGCUAUGAACUUGCGACGCUCUAAACGCAGGAAUGUACAACCUGAGCGUUUCCUUGGUUGCGAUAGUUCUCUGGAGACAGAUAUUAGCUGGGUUCGAACAGCUCCAUUGAGAACCGGCAACUGGAGAGAAGAGGAAGAUAUGAACUUACCACUAUCAUACUUGUUUGGCAUGAAUGCAAGUACUUCAAAAGAGCUUACCCAGUGCGAAACAAGUGAUGUGUGCAAAAGUAAGAAUAUAUCAAGGGAGUUCAAAUCAGAUGUGGCUGGCCCAAGGAAAUCAAGUGUGAAUUAUCCAAGGAGAUCAGGUGCGACUAAUCCAAGGAAGCAUCAAAAUAGUCUUGCUAUUGUUCCUGUGUCUUCUGAAAGUGAUCCUCUUGCCUCUGGACACUGUCAUGCCCCAAAAUUUCCAAGAAGUCAUGCAGAAGAGGUUGAAAAAGUAUCUUUGAAUUAUUAUAGUGUGAAACGCUCUCGUACAACUCAUAGGAAGAAAAUUCCUGCUUUAGAAUAUAUGGAUUAUGAAAGUACAUGGAAGGGAAGAUCUUUCUCAAAGAAAGGACAGAAUAAAAGUCAUCGUUCUGUUCAUACAAGAAAGGAAGAUUAUGAUGAGCCAAUAACUUACAAAAGAACAACAAUAAGUGCAGGUGCAUACAAUAAACUGAUUAAUUCAUAUAUGAAGAACAUUGAUUCUACAUUCACAAAAGAAGAGCCGCACAUUAUUGAUCAGUGGAAUCAGUUUAAGGAAGCAGCAUCCUCAGAAAUGAGUAGAAAAACAGAACCAGAACAACCCUCUGUUGAGGAUGAGGGAGAUAUGUCAGAUACUGAAAUAUUGUGGAGAGAAAUGGAACUAUGUAUGGCAUCAGCUUACUUUGAGGAAGAUGAGGCUAGAGUAUCUGCUGAGUCUCUGCGGAAAUCUAGUGGAAAUUGUCAGCAUGAUUUCAAACUGGAUGAAGAAAUUGGGGUUCUAUGUCGUAUCUGUGGCUUUGUGAGAACUGAAAUAAAAUAUGUUUCUGCACCAUUUCUGGAACAUAAAAGCUGGAUAGCAGAUGGUAAAGUUUGCAGUGAAGAGGAGCCAGAGCAUAAAACAGAUGGAGAUGAGGCCUUGAAUCUUUUCUGCAAUUACACUUCUAUAGAUACUCCAUUAUCAGAAGAAAAUGACAAUGUGUGGGCCCUAAUCCCUGAACUUAAGAAGAAAUUACACUUCCACCAGAAAAGGGCCUUUGAAUUCUUAUGGCAAAACGUUGCGGGUUCUUUGACACCUGCACUUAUGGAAACAGCAUCUAAAAAAACAGGUGGUUGUGUAGUUUCUCAUUCACCAGGAGCUGGAAAGACUCUUCUCAUUAUUGCAUUCCUUACUAGCUACUUGAAGUUAUUCCCAGGAAAGAGGCCAUUGGUCCUUGCUCCGAAGACAACUCUAUACACCUGGUAUAAGGAAUUUAUCAAGUGGGAAAUUCCUAUACCUGUUCAUUUGAUUCAUGGACGUAGAACUUAUAGAGUCUUCAAGAAGCAGUCAGUAAGGCUGCAUGGAGCUCCGAAACCUAGUCAAGAUGUUAUGCAUGUUUUGGAUUGUCUAGAGAAAAUACAGAAGUGGCAUGCACAACCAAGUGUUCUUGUUAUGGGUUACACCUCAUUCCUGACAUUAAUGCGAGAAGAUUCAAAGUUUGAGCACAGAAAGUUUAUGGCUAAAGUGCUUCGUGAAAGUCCAGGGCUCCUGGUAUUGGAUGAAGGGCACAACCCCAGAAGUACUAAAUCAAGGUUGAGAAAGGUUUUGAUGAAAGUUGAAACGGAUCUGAGGAUAUUGCUUUCGGGCACAUUGUUUCAGAACAACUUCUGUGAAUAUUUUAACACCUUGUGCCUAGCAAGACCAAAAUUUGUGUAUGAAGUGUUGAGGGAAUUGGACCCUAAAUCCAAAAAGAAGAAGAGUCAGUUUGACAAGGCACGCAAUUUGUUAGAGAACAGAGCAAGAAAAUUCUUCAUAGACAAAAUUGCCAGGAAGAUUGAUUCUAGCGAAGGAGAAGAGAGGUUGCAUGGUCUUAACAUGUUGAGAAACAUCACAAAUGGAUUUAUCGAUGUGUAUGAAGGUGGGAAUUCAGACAGCCUCCCUGGUUUACAAAUUUACACCUUAAUGAUGAACUCAACGGACGUACAACAUGAGAUUUUGGUGAAACUUCACAAAAUAAUGGCUGGAUAUAGUGGCUAUCCGUUGGAACUGGAACUUUUGAUAACUCUUGCAUCGAUACAUCCUAGUUUGGUCAGGACUUCAAACUGUGUUAAUAAGUUUUUCAGUCCAGAAGAGUUGAUGGCACUUGAGAAGAUCAAGUUUGAUUUUAAGAAAGGGUCCAAGGUGAUGUUUGUUUUGAACCUUGUUUAUCGAGUCAUCAAGAAGGAAAAGGUUCUCAUUUUUUGCCACAAUAUUGCCCCCAUUAAUUUGUUUAUCGAAUUAUUUGAGAUAGUUUUUCGAUGGCGGAAGGGUAGAGAAAUAUUGGUCCUUACAGGAGACUUGGAGCUAUUUGAAAGAGGACGAGUGAUGGACAAGUUUGAGGAACCAGGUGGCGCUUCAAGGAUACUACUUGCUUCAAUUACAGCGUGUGCUGAAGGCAUUAGUUUGACAGCUGCAUCGCGGGUGAUUUUAUUGGAUUCAGAAUGGAAUCCUUCCAAGACAAAGCAGGCUAUUGCACGGGCUUUUCGGCCUGGUCAGCAAAAGGUUGUUUUUGUCUAUCAGCUCUUGGCAACAGGCACACUUGAAGAAGAUAAGUACCGUAGGACCACAUGGAAGGAAUGGGUAUCAAGUAUGAUUUUUAGUGAGGCAUUUGUGGAGGACCCGUCUCGCUGGCAAGCAGAAAAGAUCGAAGAUGAUGUAUUGAGGGAGAUAGUGGCAGAGGACAAAGUUAAGUCGUUCCAUAUGAUUAUGAAAAAUGAAAAGGCUUCUACUGGUUGAUCAGAGACUAGCUUCCUAUGACAGUAAAAACAUAGGAAGUCUAAGGAAGAGGGGGAUUCGAACCUUGAACAUUGAAUCUCGUCAAGGAGAGAUAACAACCGCUAGGCCAAUCUUGGAUUGUUUCUCUUCAGCUUGCUUUAUAAUAUGUUUCUAGCAAUAGACCAUUAUCAUUAUGCUUUUCACAGCAAACAAUUUCAUCUUGUCAAAUGACAUGGAUCUUCCUGGCUGUUCAGAGUUUUUUUUU